CCCGCCCCGUUAAGCCCCGCCCACCCCCGCUCCGAGCGGCGGCACCGAGAGCCCGAGCGGCGGCAGCGGCACCGGCACCGGCACCGGCAGCGCCCGCGGCCGCCAUGGCCGAGUACCGCAGUCUGCUGGACGAGCUGGCCCAGAACAUCACGGCCGAGGACCUGGAGCAGCUCAAGUCUGCGUGUCGCGAGGACAUCCCCAGCGGCGAGGGGGACGCCAUCGCCACCGGCCACCACUGGUUCGCCUUCCUGGAGCGCCACAGCAAGCUGGACCGAGACAACCUGUCGUACAUCGAGCACAUCUUCGAGAUCUCGCGCCGGCCGGACCUGCUGACCAAGGUGGUGCAGUACCGCACGCAGGUGCUCAAGAUCUCCGAGGAGGACGAGGUGGACACCAAGCUCACCCGCAUCCCCAGCGCCAAGAAGUACAAGGACAUCAUCCGGCAGCCCUCGGAGGAGGAGAUCAUCAAACUGGCCCCCCCCCCGAAAAAGGCCUGAGCGGCAGGAGGAGCCCCCGCCCCCCCAGAGCCCCCUCCCCAAUUUCCACCCCUGGGGGAGGGGCUUAAACCCCCCCCCAAAUGGGGGAGGGGGGAAUUGGGGGGAGGGGAGGAAAUUCCCAUGGGACCCCCACCCCGAAAAGGCCUCGAAUUGGGGGGGAGGGAUGGGGACCCCCCCCAGUGUGGGUAAGUUGAGGGGGGGGGCAGAAAAAAUGGGACCACCCCCCCCCACCCCAAUUUGGGGGGGUUAAAAGUAUUGGGGACCCCCAACCCUGAAUUUUGGGGUCACAGGGACCACCCAAUCCCAAUUUGGGGGGGUCAGAAUUAUUGGGACCACCCCCCACUUUAAACUUUGGGGGCACAGGGAACCCCCCACCCCAAUUUGGGGGGUUAAAAUUAUUGGGAUGCCCCCCACCCUAAAUUUUGGGGUCCCUAAUUUGAGGGGGGGUCUGUGAUAUGGACUGAGACCCCCCCCACCCCAAUUUGGGGGGGGUCACAAUUCCUGGGACCCCCCCCACCCCAAUUUUGGGGGGUCAUUGAGACCCUCCCCAAUUCCAGGGGGUGAAUUUGGGGGGGGGGGGUCACAGACAUUGGGACCCCCCACCCCAAUUUUGGGGGGGUCACAGACAUUGGGACCCCCCACCCCAAUUCUGGGGGGGUGUCACAGACAUUGGGACCCCCCACCCCAAUUCUGGGGGGUUGUCACAGACAUUGGGACCCCCCACCCCAAUUUUGGGGGGGUCACAAGCACCGGGACCCCCCCAAUUUUGGGGGGGGGCACAGGAGGGCAGGGGGAGGUCGGGAGGGCGCCGAGGUCGGGGCUGAUUUUGGGGGGGGGGGUCUCGGACCCCCCCAGGAGGGGCAGGAGGGGACAAGGAGGUGACAAAAGGGAGGGGGGACAGUGAGUGGUGACCCCCCCAAAAUUGGGGGAAAAACCCCCAAAUUUCUUUUUUUUUGGGGGGGGGUAGGAAAUUCUGACCCCCAAAUUGGGGACCCCCCCCCCUAAAAAUCCCAUUUUAGGGGGGCAGGAAGUGGUGACCCCCCCAAAAUUGGGGAAAAAAACCCCCAAAAA